AUGGAGUUCAGCUUCCUGAACGACGAGCACUUUCAUCCAUCUACUAACAAAAUCAGCCCAGGGCCCUGCCUCGAGGCCCGCUUCGCACGCUUUCCAGACCUUCCGAUCGAGCUGCGUCUGAAGAUCUGGGAGCUUGCCCUACCGCGCCAGCGACUUCUCACCCUGGACAUCGUCGCCGCCGACCCCGCCUCAGGUCCCGUGCGGCAGGAGAGCACCCCGGCUACUUAUCAGGCGCUCAAUGCUCUCGGAAACGUGGUUAGCGGUGCUAACUAUAGCUUGCGUAUGCGCUCAACAGGAUCUGUCACUCCAUUGCUGCGCGUGAACCGUGACGCAAACAUGGCUGUCUGUAGAUUCUAUCGCGUGUGCAUGCCUAUCAACGGGCGAGGGCUAGGGCUAGGUGGUGGUGGUGGCGGCGGCGGCGGCGGCACGCCGUGCUUGCGUUUCUGCCCCAAGACAGAUACGAUCCAUCUCCAAAUCGAGGACCACGGCCAGAAUGCGUACUUUGCUGAUGUUGUUCAUGACGCAUCAGCGUACGACCCCCUAGGCGUUGGGAUCCUGCACAUGGCUAUUGGGGGCCACCUUGUGCCUGAGGAGAUCCGGUUGCCUCUUGACCCUUCCUCCCUCUAUGCUUGUGCGCAGGCUGCAGUCUCUCGUACGCUGGGCAACUUGCACAGCAUCAGCCUUCUUCAUAUCUCGAGGGGUGAGAGUCGCCGCAUGUUCUCAUCCCUGCUUUACAGCGAUGUACGCUUCAACCGCUCUAUGCCAGUGUGGUCAACUGCGUCCUCCUUCUCUAUACUGCCGUCCGAUCCGCGGCCUAUCGACCAAGAUGUCGAGAAGGUAUGCCUCGGCUACGAUCCCCGUAUGCUAGUGUGCGCCUGGCGGGCUAUGGAGGUUGCGUUCGCCGUCUCGCCAGUCCCAGCAUCGAGAAUGCGCAUACUCGCCGCUGCACCGCCAAUCGCGAGUCCCGACCCGCACGACAUCGCCAGCAGAGAGGACGCGUGCCGCUUUCGAGCAACAGAGGAGGCUGCGUGGGAGCGGAACUUCAAACAAGGCGGGGUCUACCAAGAGUUCGGACAUUUGAACCCCGAUACAGAGAAUAGCCUGGAGCGUGCAAGGACCAUGAAUGCGGUAGGGUUCUGGGUGCUUCCUCUCGAAUUGAUUGGCAACAUAUGCGAGGUGCAGAAUAAUCAUCCGCAUGAAUGGGCUCAGCGGGUCAUGGUGAACUUGACGGGCGUGCAGCCGCCGCUCGGAUUGUUUGAAAUGGCUGGAGAGACAAAUUCUUCAUAG